AUGACGUUCAAGCGAAGAAACGGCGGCCGCAACAAGCAUGGCCGUGGACACGUCAAGUUCAUCCGGUGCUCCAACUGCGGCAAAUGCUGCCCUAAGGACAAGGCCAUCAAGAGGUUUCUUGUGAGGAACAUCGUUGAACAGGCUGCUGUUAGAGAUGUUCAAGAAGCUUGUGCUUUUGAAACUUAUACACUCCCCAAGCUAUAUCUGAAGAUGCAGUACUGUGUUUCAUGUGCCAUUCACUCCAAGGUUGUUAGGGUUCGUUCACGAACUGACAGGAGGAUCCGUGAGCCUCCACAGCGCUUCAGACGCCCAAGGGAUGAUCUGCCAAAGCCUGGUCAGCCUCCUCGUGCUGGUGGAGCCCCUGGUGCCGCCCGUACAUGA